AUGUCUUUGUCUUUGCCUCCAGCACUUUCUGAGCUUGCGAGGGCACUUCCCUACAGCAGAACUCAAUGGCUUCCAAUCUUGGUGGGAUUUCUGAUUGGGUACCCCCUCCUCAUCAAGGCAUUGCGUUAUAAGCGACUUGGAGAGAUGAAGAAGAAGUUCUAUUUCCCAACUCGCGAGUCUAUGGCUGAAAUGACCGAUGAGGAGGCAUUCCUGAUUCAAAAGGAAAUGGCACAGCUCGAGUUUCCAUUCAUGUUCUUGACAUCUGGGCAGUUUGCACUAUUCCGGACAUAUGGCAUUCCGACAAUCUCUCAUCUUCUAACGAAAACCGGGCAAUUCUCCAAGCCAGAAACAUCUUUCAAACGCUAUACAGACACAGCUGCUCUGAUUGGUGAAAUGGUAGAGAAUAUAGCCCGCACACGAUUCCUACAUAGCGGCUAUCAAGCUUCGGGCAAGAUCCUCGAUGCUGAUUUGCUUUACACCCUUGCACUCUUUGCGGUCCAACCUGUGCGAUUUAUUGAGAAUUUUGAAUGGCGGACCUUGAGUGAUUUGGAACUCUGUGCUAUUGGGACCUUUUGGAAGAGUCUAGGUGAUGCUUUGGGUAUUAGCUCUGAGAUUCUUCCAUCGGGCAAGACCGGCUUCAAAGAUGGUAUCCAAUGGCUUGAAGAGGUGGAUGUUUGGAGUCAGGAUUAUGAGGCCAAGUAUAUGGUCCCAGAUCCCAAGAACCGCGAGUCAGCAGACCAAGCGACGGCAGUUCUGCUUUACAAUCUGCCGAAGAUUUUGCAUCCAAUAGGACUGCAGUUUACAUCUUAUAUGAUGGAUGAUCGGUUGAGGAAGGCGAUGUUAUACGAGGCCCCAAGUCCUGGCUGGAGCGCUGUUUUCUCAUCCCUCUUGGCUACUCGCAAGUUCGUUCUGCGUUAUCUAUCGCCACCACGGCCUGCGGCUCUUGCAGUGUCAAACAUAGCUCAAAAGCCCGACAAAGAUGAUCGCUAUCACCGCAUGUCUUGGGAUGCACUCCCAUUUUACAUCAGGCCUACUUUCUGGAAUAGAUGGGGUCCAAUGGCUUGGAUCUCUUGGUUGAUGGCCCACCCUGUCCCAGGCGAUCAUGGCCAGAAGUACUAUCCACAGGGAUAUCAUAUACAAGAUAUUGGACCAAAAUACUUUGAAGGAAAGGGCCACAAGGAAAUCCAGGAAAUGAUGAAGGAAUUAAAGAUCUCAAGGACGGGGAAAUGUCCCUUCCAUUAG